AUGGCCGGGGUUGUUAGUCGUCGACGCAAUUGUUGUUGUCGUAGGACCGAUCAGCGUCCUCCGAUCGAGAGAGCUCGAGAAAAAUUCCUGAGCAUCGGUCGUCGACGUCGUUUCUGGAACUCGGGACGUGCCCGAUGUUCGUCGGAACAAGGAGAUGCGCACCGGAAAACUCGAAACUUUCGUCUAGGUGAACCGCACCAAGAUUUUCCGCACAAUUCUUCCAAUAUUUUCCAAACGAUGGGGUAA